AUGUUUAUACGUGCAUUUGCAGCAACUGGAAAUAUGCAUGGCAUGCGGUGGUGCAUCCUGACCGCUCUGGCCCGAGGAAGCGCACUAAAUCGUGACUUUGUAAUCGAAGCCCGCCGGGUCACUGGAAACCUGCAUCGUCAGCUAAGCUCAGCUGAAGGGUCGAAGGAUGUGUCUCGGGACAUGGAGAAGGCAGAAUAUCUGUCCCAUGCUGUUGAACUACUGGAGAAGAAGAGCCAAGGCGAUCCCCAGCUUUGGCAGCUAAAGACCAAUCCGACGGUGAAAAAGGCCGGUCGCCGGCUGCUAAAGCGCCCUCUCGAUGAACGGCGUCUGUACAAGAAGGCCCAUCUUCACGAGACUAUCGAGGGCUGGGAUGAGGAAUAUGAGUUGGAGGCCGUGCUAGGCCGCAUUGACAUCGAUCCGAAAUCGAUUGCACUUCGAUGGAGCGAGAAGCACUGUCUGGGGCAGAUUCGUGAAAUUGACGAUCUGCUGUGA